AUGGCCGCUCCUCGUUCUACUUCCCUGCGUGCUCUGCGCCAGAUCUCCAACCAGCACUCUGCCCCCAUCGCUCGUCGUGGCCUUCACAUCACCGGCGUCCAGUCCGCUCAGCUGGCCGGCGCUGCCGACAAGGAACGUCUCCCCUCCAACCAUGACGUCCUCCAGUCCCGUGCAUUGAGCAUUGCCAUGCGUCGCAUUAACAGCAACGCUUUCUCUGAAUCAUCCCGCCAGUUCAACACUUCCCGCGCCAACAAAGCUAUCGGCGAUGCCUCCACCGUCGACUUCGUCUACAUGCCCUCCAUGGCCGAACUCGAAGCGGCCCCCCUCCGUUUCUCUUCGCCCCGUGUCCCGGUCCUUCCCGACCUGUCUUCCCACCAGCCAUCUCUGUCUCCUUCCUCCACACCCAUGAAGCCCCAGAUCUACACCGUCGCCGGUGCCGGCGCUGAUGUCGCAGCCAGCGCUAUGAGCGAGGUCGUCGAUAACCACGCCGUGGACUUGGAUCCGUUCUCCCUCACCGAGGCUGUUGGCCGCUCAAGAACUGGCGAGGCCAUGCAGCGUCAGGCUAACGGUUCUGGUGCUGGCCAGCCCGGUGUCGUUAAGGAGCUGUGGUCUGGGUUCUUGGAUGAUGUUCUUGGCCCCAAACAGUCUUCUCUCAGGAACUAA